UAGAUCCGCCUGGACCCUACCAGAAUCCCAGCGCCAAAUAACGGUCAACAAUUUCUGAAAUUUCAAAAAAAAAAAAAAAAAAGCUGCUAACUAAUUCACUUUUUAAUUUGCUUCACAAAUUGAAUUCCCCUUCCCAACAAACAAUUGAUGGAGCCUCUGUGCUCAAAUUUCGAUCUCUCUCCGAUCUCAACGGCGCCUUCGAAACCUGCUUUGCUGCCUCUCUUCUCUUCUCCUCGGAUUUCUACCUCGAUUAGGCUUAAUGUAUCCAGAAAAUGGAGCCUCUACUGUGCUUCCUCUCAUCACACCGCUAAGACGACGGUGUCCAGACCCCAAUCCAAUGCUCCAGAUUUCAUCAGAUCCGUCGGAAAAGGUUUUAUUGGUUUUGCCGCCGCCGCUGCAGCUCUAGCCUCGCUUUGUUGCGACUCUCCCGCGUUUGCUGAGUCUUUAACGGUCGCUUUUCCUGUUUCCCGAGCUCGCGAGGUGAAUACAGUUCAAAGAACGCUUGUGGAGGCUUGGGGUUUGAUUAGAGAAACAUUUGUAGACCCAACUUUUAACCAUCAAGAUUGGGAUUUAAAAUUGCAGCAAACUAUGGUGGAAAUGUUUCCUUUGAAUUCAGCAGAUGCUGCGUAUACAAAAAUCAAAGGAAUGCUUUCUACUCUUGGGGAUCCUUUUACUCGGAUUAUAAGUCCAAACGAGUACCAGAGUUUUAGAAUUGGAAAUGAUGGUAAUUUGCAAGGAGUUGGAAUUUUUAUAAAUAAUGAACCAAAGUCCGGCCAUUUGGUUGUUUUGUCUUGUGUAGAGGGUAGCCCAGCUUCUCGUGCUGGCAUACAUGAAGGAGAUGAAUUGAUUGAGAUUAAUGGGGAGAGGCUUGAUGGUCUUGAUAGUGAAGCUGCAGCACGGAAGCUUAGAGGGCAAGUUGGAACAUCUGUUACAGUAAAAGUCCACAGCGUGCAAGAUUCGAAAAGUGAUUGUAGUACCAAAGAGGUCAAAUUGCCUCGUGAGUACAUUAAGCUAUCCCCAAUAGCCAGCUCUAUCAUCCCACAUAGAACACCAGAUGGCCGUCAAAUAAAGACCGGUUAUGUGAAGCUGUCAAAUUUCUCUCAGAGUGCUGCUGAUGAUAUGGCAAAUGCAAUACAUGAAAUGGAAACACAAGGUGUACAUUCAUACAUUCUGGAUUUAAGGAACAACCCAGGGGGUCUGGUAAAAGCAGGACUUGAUGUUGCCCAAAUAUGGCUGGAUGGGGAUGAGACUCUUGUAAACACCAUUGACAGAGAUGGAAAUAUGCUCCCCAUUAAUAUGGUGGAUGGGCAUGCCAUAACACAUGAUCCACUUGUUGUGCUCAUCAACGAGGGAAGUGCAAGCGCAAGUGAGAUUUUAGCUGGAGCACUGCAUGACAAUGGUCGAGCUAUCCUUGUGGGGCACAAAACCUUUGGCAAAGGAAAAAUCCAGAGUGUAACAGAGUUGCAUGAUGGAUCAGCUCUAUUUAUCACAGUUGCAAAGUAUCUAUCACCUGCACUUCAUGACAUAGAUCAGGUUGGGAUAAUGCCUGAUGUGCAGUGCACAACAGGCAUGCUCAAUUCACCCAAGGAUUCAUUGUUGAAGAAUAAGAGCUCAGCUUCAUCUCUUGAAGCAGAUUCCUGUAUUAUGGUAGCAGAACAUGAAUUGGACAUUCAAGAGUCCAGGGCAACUGCAUCUUAAUAAGUGCUCCUAGCUCAUCAAUUCAUGCCUCCUCAAUAAGGUGAACGUGGUUGCGCUGUGAUUCUUCAACUGGGAAAUGGCGUUAUAGUGAUGUGAGAACUGGGUCUAGUCUUCAACGGGAGAAUGCGUCAUUGUUCAGAAAAUAAAAGUAAACGUAAGAUGAAGAAGAUAGCAUAUUUGGUGUUAUGGUUAGAAGAAAAGCCUUGGGGCAUGGACUGGAAUGUAAUUUUAAUGCUAAUAUUCUUUUUUUUUUUUUUUUUUUACUUUUUCUGCAAAGG